UUUAAGUUUAUGCAUUGAACUGCGUUGAGGAAAAAUGGGCUAAAGCUGUGGAGAUGUAAAAGAUAACUUUAACUCUAUAAUAACCGAAUCUCUCCAUUUCACCGACUGUGGGUAGCUUCAUAAUUUAAAGGAUUCAUUACUCUAUCACUAUAUACUUUAUGCUCUACGGUUUUAUGAUCGAUGCCACAGUUAUCCUGAGUUAAACCGAAAACCAAGUGUCGGCAUGUUUAUAGCAUCUCCCGCGCGAAACCAGUGGAAGCUCUAGUGUUAAUAAUACUGUAAUAAGUAAUUGGCUCUAGCAAGGUUGAGCUAUUGACUUGUUCUCCCGUAGUUUGGAUAUGAGCACUUGAAGAACGAUGACCACGGUGGAGGUGACGUUCCCGUCUGGAGGACAACAAGGGAAAAUUCUGAAGUGGCGGGUUGCGGUGGGUACUAUGGUAUCCGCGGGCAGAGUCUUGCUGUUGUAUUACUGCGUAGCGCCAGGUAGUGAUGCUGCUAAAGGCGCGGAAAAAAAGCUCCGAGCAACGCGAUUUGGACGUGUCAUCAAACUCUUGGCGAACGAGGGCGAUAUUCUUCAGCCCGGACAACCUGUGGCUAUUUUGGAAGGAUGCACACAUCCAACAGUGAUGAAGGACUUGUGCGCAGAAUGUGGUGCAGACUUGAGGGAAGAAAAUUUAGAACAGGAUGGAGGGAAAGUUGUCAAGGCUAGUGUACCAAUGGUACACAGUAUUCCUGAAUUAAAAGUAUGCCCUGAAUUAGCUGAGAAAAUUGGCAAGGAAGAUGAGCAAAGACUCUUGCGUGAUCGUAAGCUUGCUUUGCUGGUUGAUCUUGAUCAAACAAUAGUACAUACAACCAAUGAUAAUGUACCACCUGAUAUGAAGGAUGUUUAUCACUACCAACUGUAUGGACCUAACUCCCCAUGGUAUCAUACACGAUUAAGACCUGGUACACGUCAUUUUUUGUCAGAAAUGAGUCACUUGUACGAAUUGCAUAUUUGCACCUUUGGAGCACGAAACUAUGCACAUACUGUAGCUGCAUUACUGGAUAAAGAUGGUGUUCUGUUCUCGCACAGAAUACUUUCCAGGGAUGAAUGCUUUGAUCCUGCAUCCAAAACUGCUAAUCUCAAGGCUUUAUUUCCUUGUGGGGAUGAUAUGGUGUGUAUUAUUGACGACCGAGAAGAUGUAUGGCAAGGAUGCGGAAAUUUAGUACAAGUGAAACCAUACCACUUUUUCCGACACACUGGUGACAUACACGCUCCACCUGGUUUGGGUAAAUACGAUAUGCCUGAUUUACCAGAAACUUCUGAUACCAGUGAAACGUUCGAAAAGGAAUCUCAGAACUCAAAUACCGAGAAUGGUGUAUCCAGUGAUGACACAAAUGUCAAUGCAGAGCUUGACACGAGUUUAAAAGCCACCGAAGAAGUAAAAGAAACAGUUGAGGAAAGAAAUGAGACCGAUGUACAAUCUGAAAAAAAUGUAGAACAAUCGACGAAAGAAGAGACUGCAGCAACAAAAGAAAGGGAAAAAGCUGAAAAACCAAUCGAAGAAUUAAAGGAAUUUUCUACGGUGAAAGAAACAGCAAACAAAGCAAAAACAAAAGAAAGUCCAAAGAAAGAUGCUAAUCCUGAGAAGGAAAGCAUUACAGAAGAUGAAGAUCACGAUGAUUACUUGAUGUACCUGGAGGACAUAUUGCGCAAGAUUCAUGCUGAAUUUUAUGCCAAUAUUGAUAGUGAAGUAGGACGUAAACCUCUUAGAGAAAUUAUACCUCGCGUAAGAGCCAGAGUGCUCAAAAGAUUAUGCUUAACAUUUAGUGGACUUAUAGCCACACAUCAAAAGCUUCAUCAAAGUCGUGCUUACAAAGUAGCAAGAUCUCUGGGAGCAGAAGUUACCCAGGAUCUAACUGAAAGAACAACACAUCUGGUGGCAAUUAAACCCGGCACAGCAAAGGCGAAUGCGGCUAAGAAAAAUCCUAACAUAAAAAUAGUGAAUCCUGACUGGUUGUGGACUUGUGCAGAGCGUUGGGAAAGGGUGGACGAGCGUCUAUUUCCUCUAACAAUGAAGGCACGUGGAUCCAGGAUACCGCCUCCGCACUGCAGCAGUCCCGACCGCAUCGAAGAGGAAGAAAAAGAGACAACCGAUAGGUUCGCUGACAGUAUCAAUCCAUUGAUGUCUUUUACCCAAGAGGAGAUUGAUUUUAUGGACAAGGAAGUUGAGGAAGAUAUGAGUGACCAGGAAGCAGAUAUGCCUAUCCUUGGUACCGAAGAUUUUAGCAACAAGAGGGAACAUAGAAACAGUUCAGAUUCUAUUGACUCAACAAAUGAGGAUGAUCAAGAUGUGCCUCCAAAGAAGAGAAAAAAAUUAUCGCUGGACAGUUCCAGCGAUGAAGACUCAUCUUCUGAGAGUAAGGAACCAUGUAAGGAUGACAACGAAGACGAAGACAAUGAUGACAAAGACGACGACGACGAUGACGACCCAGUUACACGGUUUCGACGUGGAGAAGAUCUACCUAGUGAUUUGGACCUUGGUGACAAUUCUCAAGACUCUGUAGAUUUAGAUGCAUUUGAAAAUGAAGAUGAGAGGGAGUGGAAUGCGAUGGGAGCCGCCCUCGAGAGAGAAUUUUUGUCUGACUGAUUUUUUCAGUGUUGUUUUUUUAUCUCGAUUUCAUUAUUUCUCUGAUUGAAGUGUCAGUGACUGAAUGAAAAUGGAUAUAAACGAGUGUACAAAAGGCUAUUACAACCAUGGAAUUUCAGGAGUCAAUGUGAAGUACAAUGGAUGGUACAUUAGAUGAAAUUAUAUCAUAAUAAAAUAUUUCUGAAAUGGAA